AUCAAAUUUUCUGCAAAAAAAAAAACUGGAAAAUUCAAGCUAUUGGGAGUUUUAUUCAUAUGUGAUAUUAUAUGCGUUUACGUUGAAAUUGAGUCUCACAAUGACAGAAAAUAAAAACGAUAAAGCAAAAAUUGAUUUGGGUUUAUUAGAGGAGGAUGAUGAAUUUGAAGAGUUCCCUGCUGAAGAUUGGGCAGCUGCUGACGAAGACAAUGAAGAUAUCAGUGUUUGGGAAGACAAUUGGGAUGAUGACGAUGUAGAAGAUGACUUUAAUCAACAAUUAAGAGCACAGUUGGAGAAACAAAAAGGCUCAAGCAAAGGGAAGGAAUCUUAAAUUAUAAAUUACAUGUUAUUAUGCAUAAGAAUAAAUAUGUAUUAGAUUACUAA